AUUGUCUUGGUGACUCGCUAACAUUCUCUCUCAUACACAAUGUAACAGUAAACCUUAGACAAGGUCAGGCGACUGUUAACACCUCCAUUGUGAGUUAGAGGAGAAAACGACCAGUUUCGAGCCUCCUCCUUCUGGAUUUGCGUCUUUCCUAAGGUCUCUUGUACAGAUGGCAAAAUAAACCUAAACGUGUGUGACAUUUUUACCGAAGAGUGAGAGUGGCUAGAGAAGACUAUCCAUAUCAGACAACACAGGAACACUGGGCAGGGACCCAGCACAACAAGGACCCAUCCAGCUCCAGAGACUCGACCAUAACAUCAGUGUCCAUGAGGAGCUCAUCAGGAUAGAGAAGGUGUACAUUUGGGAUAAAGUAAAUGCCAACCAUUCAAGGCUGAACUAGCUCAAGAAAAAGACUGUUGAAGGUAACAGUGUUAAACAGGUGAACAUCUAUUUUUUCUUGAGAGGGAUUUGAAGAGUGAACAUUCUGGAUUGUAUUUUCAAUUGGAAGUCUUGGAAUGGUAUAGAAUACCAAAUACUGAAGACUAUAAGGACUUUCAGAUAUAAAAGUGAGUUAGUGAAACCAAGCCUUCAUCAAGUUACAAGUGGUGGACACUCCUAAUAAGACAGCCAGACAUAGGCCCACUGUUGAUAAGUAAACAUGUGGAUGCACAGGCCCCUCUCCAGAGCUGUUCUCUCUGCCUUCUGCCUCCUGGUUCUUUGGGUGUCGCAGGAGUCUGAAGCAUGCCCAGGAGACGAGCUCCCACGUGAACUGAUGCUGGGCUGGGUGAAAAGGCGGAUCUUGGAGGGUUUGGGCUUGGAGGAGGCACCAAAGCCGCCUGAACAUCGACCCCCAGCGGAGAACGCGGAGCCCGAACAUCCCCAGCGGCGGAGCUCUCGGCACGGCCGCGGUGACCUGGGAGCACAUAAUAGGGAGCAUCGAGAUAUUUCUGAGGUCAUUCUGUUUCCCACCUUAGAUUCCACUUGUGUGGACUCACCAGACGCCCCUUCCUCUUCCUCCGAGACCCCAGACAACGGCUUCUUCACUUACUACUUCCAGCCCUCUUUGGAUGACAAGGAGACUAGUGUUACCUCAGCCCGCUUCUGGUUUUACGCGGGAGAAGCGGGAGAAGCGGUCAACGCUCCAGUUUAUAUUCUCACCACUAGGCAGGAGCUACUGAAGGUUUCUGACACCCCGAACAAACGCGGCGAAGACGGUUGGACCAUUUACCAUUUGGAGAAAGAUCUUCACCAAGCCGUGGCAGAGGGCCCGUUCAUCCUGCAGCUGCGCUGCUCGGAGUGCGCGUGUCUGAGGUCAGAACCAGACAAGACUCCCUUCGUGCACCUCCACACAGUGCCUAAAAGUCCGGAGCGUACCCGUCGUGCGCCCCUCAUCCCGUGGUCGCCCGCCGCACUGGACAUCCUCCAGCGGACUUCGUCGGACAAGACAGACCCCAGCAGCGAUUGCCACCUCCAGAAGAUCGACAUCUCAUUCGCUGAGCUAGGCUGGGACAACUGGAUCGUGCACCCCAAAGAGUUCACCUUUAACUACUGCCAUGGCACCUGCGCCAACUCCCAGCACAGUCAGGUACUGGGCAUCAAGCAGUGCUGCGCCCCUGUGCCGGGGACCAUGAAGUCCUUACGUUUCACAACUACUUCUGACGGAGGCUUCUCCUUCAAGUAUGAGACGCUGCCGAACAUCAUACCCGAGGAGUGCACCUGUAUCUGACCAGUCGCAUUCGCCAUUCCACUUUCAGUAGUCAAAUCAAAAUACAUAUAAUUUACAUGCGACUUCAUUGUGGAGUUGCAAUGCAGACCUGUUGGUUGACGCUUGUUUCAAAUGGUGUUUUUUUUAUUAAAGAUUUUUAUUAGAC